AAAAUAGCUUGUGAUUCUGAAUGUGUGUGAUCGUGACGGGGUAUGGAUUGAGGUUAGGAUUGGAAAUGGAUGUCUAAAUAUGAAAUGAAUAAACACGUAGAAGAAAUGAGCAAACACUGAUAUUAUCUAGAAGAUAACAUAGUAACACAAUAAUAAAUGUAACUGAGGACAACCUCAUAUCUAUCUGUACAUUAUUUAUAAAUUUGGGCAAAUGGAUAACCAUAUUGAACUGGAAAGCAAUGAUAAAAGUAACUCAAAUAAAAAAAUUGUAUUGCAACAGGGCUUGGUUAAUAAUGGAUUUAGUUCUUUGGCUGAAGGACAGUUAGAUAAUGAUCCUUCUGAAAACAAUGCAAUGAAUAGCAAUGAAUGUGAAGUUGUUGAAAGUCUUAUUCAUAAAAUAAGCCCUAUUUCAAAAGUUUAUGGCCUUAUCUGUGAAGAUGAUGAACUUUGUCAUGAAAAAUGUGGUUUAACAACAAAUGAAACCAGUGGUUAUAAUAAAAACUCUCAACAAACAGAUAAUUCCACCUCAGAUCUAGGAAAAACAAAAUUUAUAGAUGACAAACAACUUAAUUCAGGUUCUGUGAACAUGAAUGGCACUGAUAACAUUGGUUUUGUUGAUGCUAAAGUACAGAAUUGUAUUGAACCUGUUUCUACUAAAGCUGUUGAAAUGGGUUGUCACAAUUCAUCACCUUGUGGUAAUACAGAGACAGCAGGUACUAGCAAUACCGAACAGUUACUCCCAGUUCAACAUCCACUUCUUGGAAAAUCUCUUAUAAAUCCCAAUCCAAGUGUAUUUGAUAUGAUACAAGAAAAUGUUUUGCCUCAUUAUGGUGUAUCGUUGCUCAAUACCAACGAUGGUACUGAUCUUAUGUCACUAGAAACAGACAAAUCAGUUGUUAUCUCGAACAACAAUGCAAUUCCUCAAGCAGAAUCCAUAGUCACUAGUAAUUUCUCCCUAAAUCUUUUAAAAUCUUAUGAUACUGAUGAUUCAUCAGAGGGCGAGGCAUGUGAAGCAAGCUUUCAAUAUAGGGAGGACAAGAAUGAAGAAGAUUCAGAUAGAGAUUCAGACUCGGAUUCAUCAUCAUCAAGCAGUUCAACUUCAAUAAUCAUAUCUGACUCAUCAGAUUCUGACAGUGAUGAACUGUAUGAGAAUUUCAACGUAAAACCUUGUAAACCCAUCAAGGCAAAAAAGGAAAUUAGCCUAGAAGAUUUGCCGCCAAUAGAAGACCUAAAAAUAAGUGUACCUGAAGAAGACUGCACACCAAUUGGGAAGGUUUAUCAGAUAGUAGAUUGUUUAGUGGUAGUUCAGGCUUUUAAAGAUAUGCCAGCCUACAACUUGGACACAGUACUUUUUAUAGAAGGAGGAAAACCCCUCGGAAAAAUCUUUGAUGUUUUUGGACCAGUGGCCGAACCUUACUAUUGUAUUAGAUUUAAUUCAAGAGACCACAUCAAGGAUAAGAAUAUAUGUGUUGACCAAAUGGUUUAUUCUGCUCCAAAGACAAAAUACACUAACUAUGUGUUUCUGGCACAGCUCAUGAAACUUAAAGGCAGUGAUGCAUCUUGGGAAGACGAUGAUGAACCACCUGAAAUUUAUUUGGAAUAUUCCGAUGAUGAACAGGAACAAAGAGCUAAGAAAAAGAAGUCUAGGAAUAGGAACCGCAAAGCUGUAUUUAGAGUGGAUUCAGAUCCAGAUGAACCUGCAAGGAAGAGACAUUUUGCUUAUGAGAGAAGAAUGAAUGAGCGGAACCUGCAUUUAUCUGCAGUUAGAAACAAUCAAAAUGGGAGCAGAAACAGGAUGCAAGGAUUUAACAACCUUUGGUCUCCUGCCAUAGCACCUCCAGGAACACCCCCCCAACAUCCUGUGAGAGCUUCUGUACAUAGCGAUAUUAGUCACCAGAUGUUCGGAAGACCACCGAUGUUUGGUGGUAGAGUUCCACCUCAUAAUGCCCCAUUUCCACUUCCUCCACGACCUGGAACACCUAGACCUGAUCACCCAUGUAACCUCAUGAGGACACCCCCACCUUGCUUCGGCAACCCCAACCCCAUCACCUUAAACUUUUCUCAGCCUGAGAAUAGGUCCGACACCACUCCGGGGUUAUCAAAUAAAACUAGCAACCACUACUCUUUUCCUCCUAACCAUAUGCAGGCUUCCAAUAACUAUCCAAGAUGGACUCCACCAUCUUCUAGAUCUGAAAAUCCAUGGGGUAAUUUUCCUUUUACUCCAAUAAAUAAUCCUGUGAUCAAUAAUAAUCCAUUACCUUCUUCACCUUUCUGGAAUCAAAGGCCUCCACAGAGUCCUAAUUCACCAUUUUCUGCCUUGCCAAACAGCCCAUUUGUGCCACCUUGCCCACCACCUCAACCUUUUUGGCCUACUCAGUCUCCUCAGUCAAGAAAUGCACCUUACAACAAUCACACACGUGUAAAUUUUAAUCCUAAUCUUCCUCCACCUCCUUCGCCAAACCAUUUCAAUCGUUAAUGAUGUAUAGGCCUAAUACACGUGUAUAAAAACACAUAUUUAAUGUAUAAAAUAUAACAAUAUUUUUCUCUAAUGAAUUGAUUACAACUUUGAGUUGAUGUAAAUGAUCUUUUUUAUUGAUCACUAUAUAGCUGUCAUGGUUAACUUCUGAUUAUCCAUAGCUCAAAACAUGGUGCUUAGUACUUUGGAAAUGUGCAUAAAUUACUCUGCUGGAUAUAAUUGAUUUUGUGUAUGUAUAUAAAUUCAAAGGCAAUAGGUAAUACUUUUCUGAAUCAUUGUGCAUAGGUUAGCUUUCAUUUGUUGGAGCCAAAAUUGGAAAUCAUUAAUUACACUGCUUUUUCUUGCAUUCCACAUUUUGAGAACUUUAUAUCAGUUUAGUUUGGUCGAGAAUUAUGUUAUAUUGUUCCAAAUAAUUUAAUUUAAUAAUGUGUUAUAAGGUAAUUUUCAACUUUAUCAUGUAAUUGUUUUACUUUUAAAAUAGUAUUUUAGACUCCUGUCUGCCAGCUCGAAAGUUUUAUAGAAUACUUAUAGUGUAUUUACAACACAUGUUUUCUAAAUUGCAUACAAAAUAAAACUUUCUGGACAAAUGCUUUUUUACUUGGUAUUUUUAAUUAUCAUAUGAUCAUCUAUCAGUUGCAAUGAUUUUAUUUUGUGGGCAGGUGUUUGUGAUUUAUGUACAUAUUAGAAGUGAAUUCAUUUUUACAUCAAUAUGUGGUAGCAACCGAUAAAAACGGAUAAAGGAAUUAAGUAAUCAUUCAAAGCGCAUCCUGGGCAUUUGUAGGUGAAAUCCUUUCCAUAAAAGCAAAUGAUUUCAACUGCAGGUGUAUAUGAAUAUAAUUUGAAUUAAGUCUUUCCGCUUAAUUACCUAGAUCCUGUUGUUCCUUUGUACAGGGUGAGGCAGUGAAACGGCACGAUUUUGUAAAACCACCAAAGAUUUAUUUACAAGUAAAAUCAUAAUAGUUGAACAUGGAUCUCAAGUACAAGAGUGGAAAUUAAAGAUUUAACUUAAAAACAAUCAUUUUUUAAAUAUGGUGUCAGUGAGGUGUCGUCCUUGGUUUUGCACACAUUGUCUAAGCCUGAGAUGAAAUUGUCCCAUGACGUUUCGUAGCAUCUGUACUGGAAUGUUGUUAAUUUCCUGUCGAAUUCGCUCCUUCAGGUCUUCUUUUGUUCUUGGUGGAUUUUCCUGGAAGACUUUGCACUUGAGGUAGCCCCAAAGAAAAAAGUCUGGUGCCGUCAGAUCUGGUGAACGGGCAGGCCAGGGGAAAUCGCCAUUCCUGCUGAUUAGACGUCGUGGAAAUGCAAGUCUGAGCAAUUCCAUUGAGACAUUAGCAGUAUGGCUUGUUGCACCAUCUUGCUGGAAGAGUGUUUCAGCAUCUGGAUCAUGUCGAUCAAUUCCAGGCAGACCAAAAAUGGUCAACAUGUCAGCAUAACGUCCAGAGUUUACCGUCACUGUGUUGCCAUCUUCAUCUUAAAAAAAAUAGGGCCCCACGAUUCCACGAGAUGACAUUGCGCACCAGACUGUUACUUUUUCAGAAUGGAGAGGUUUUUCAUGAAGUUCUUGCGGGUUAUCUGAGGACCAAUAUCUGAAGUUUUGCUUAUUUACGUACCCACUAAGAUGAAAGUGGGCUUCAUCACUCAUCCAUAAGUUAUGCUCUCUUUCUUCAUUUCGUUCAAUAACGUUAAGCAUUGACUGGCAAAAGCGUAUACGGUUAUUGUAGUCAAUUGGUUUAAGGGCUUGCACUACCUGAAUUUUGUAUGAAUGAUAGUGAAGGUCACUCUUCAAAAUCCGUCUUACUGAUCGAUUGCUGAGACCAAGUUCUGCGCUGUGCCGUCUCGCGGAUUUUCGCGGACUUCGUCCCAACGCUUCGCGCACACGAUUAAUGUUCUCGGGUGUCCGGAUUGUUUUUGUGCUGCCGCCUCUUUUCUUUGUUGUGCUAGCAGUAUCUUCAAAGGUUUUAACCCAAAGGAGAAUGGCUUUCCUUGAUGGCACGGGAGCCCGUGGCGGCAGGUUGAAUUCACGACGAAAGGCGCUUUGAGCACCAACCACACUAUCCGCGUUUUUGUAAUAUGCCUUUACGGCAUAUGCACGUUGCGCACUCGACCAACGCUCCAUGGCUACUGAAACUUCCACCACUCUAGACGCCCAAGGUCACUUCCCCCACUCUCGCAACCCCCCUCCGCGCCCGACAACCACUAUCGAAAUCGUGCCGUUUCACUGCCUCACCCUGUACUUGUAUUAUUUUUGUUUUGUAUGCAUGGCUUUAUAUGAAAUAUUGUUAUGGACUUAUUUGCGCUACGGCAUAUGUUUGGCUUAUAUAUUGGUUAGACAUUAUAUUAAGCACAAAUUAUUACUUAGCAAAAAUUCAAAGCAUGUUUAUAUAUUUUUUUGCCAUAAACUAAAAAUAAAAAACUUCUUUUGUACAUAAAUAUGAAUUUAAAAAAAUUCUAUUUAUGUACAUAAAAUAUUUUAUUUAUUAGUGAUAUACACAGAUAUUGCCAAUUAGAAAUUUAUUUUCUUGUGUUAGAUAAAGUUUUACUUAUGUUUCUAACACAAAGAAUAUUGGAAAACUACUUAAAAGCUUAUUCACCUAUUCAGAGUUGUUAAAAUCUCACAAAAGUGUAUAAAAGCAAUUUUAAGGAAUAAUUUAUUGAUUAAGAUCCUAAAUAGUUUUGGGUGAAAAUUACUCCAAAUUUAGUCUCUAAUAUUCUAUUUUAAAAUAUACAUUAAUUAAUAGUGGUUCACGAUUUUUAAGUAGUAAUUGUAAUAAAUAAAUUAAACAACACUAAUCAUGAACAGAAAACACAACACGGGAUUCAUAAUUCUAAAAACAACAAACUUCCAGUGUUACCAGCUGCAGUGUUGUGACAAAAAAAGUUUGUGCAACUUCAAAGCAGUAAAAAUAUAUUCAUUGACUUUUUUCAAAUAUUAAGUUUAAAACAGCUUUGGCAAACUUUGUAAUUGGAAGUUAGCCGUAUUAAUGUCAAAUAGCUGAUCAAGCACAACAUCUUGGAGUAGUGAAAACAAGCGAUUGUGCUGGAGUGGUAAAAUCCAAGUAGAAAAGGUUAAAGCAACAUUUAUGUGAAAUUAAGAUUGCAAAUUUUACAACUGCUUUAUUGUUUUUAUCUAGAAACAUUUGAUUUAGUUGUAUAAAACUACAUGUGCAUUUGCGAUUACCUUGUCAUUAACUGGCAGAUGGAAGGCUAACCUUUAAUGUAGCGUAAUAAAAAUCUAAACUUAAGUUUUGUUUUCACGAAUCAGAGUUGAAAUGCUUUCUUUAUUUUCAUUUUGCAAAGUAUCAGAUUUUGUUUGUGUUCACUGAAUUUCAUGUGUUGGUUGUAGCCUCUAACAAACUUUAAACAAUUUAUGAGGGAGGAUUCUCAGAAGUUUCAUCUUACUGAUAUAAUUCAUGGAUAUUACUUAAUUAUAAUUUAUGUCAUGGAUAUUAAUGUAAGUUUAUGUUGUUUUAAACCUAAAAUGAUGUAUACAAUUUGAAAUGUACUUUUUCUAAAGUACUUGAUUUAUUUUGUGUUUUUACAAAUAAUUACAUCUAUUUUUUUACAAAGUUACAAACUAUGUUUACAUUCACGGUUUGAAAUGUUGAAAAAUAUUUUACUACUUAAGAUAGGAAGGUUUAUUAGAAAAGGAAAGAGACUUCACAAUGUUAAGAUCAAGAUUGUGGUAAUUUAUUUAGAAUUUAAAAUGUGUUCCAUUCAUAUUUCAUAUAUUAAAUUUUAUAUUUUUUUAUUUUAUUGUCCUACCUACAUUUUGAGAAAAGAUGUGUAAUUCAUAGGAAUUGUAAAAACAGUGAUUAGUGGUCCAUCUUGCAAUUUUUAUUGCAACUUUCUUGUCUUGUAACAUUAUCUUAUUUUAUUAUUUUAGUUUUUAAUGUUUAAUAUUAUGCCUUAUAAUAAACUUAGAAAUAGUAUGUCAUAUGGAUUUGAAUGUUAAAGUUUGUCAAGUCUUUUUUUAACGAAAAUGCAGUAUUUUCUUUUUUUAUUACGUCUUUAUCUGGUUUAAACUGGAUUUUGUUCACUCUGUUACCAACAAAUUAUGACCUGUUUUAAAAAUAACAAUGGUUAUAAAGGCAGAAGCUUUAUAUGUUGUUAAAAAAUAAAACAAUGUUACCAGAUA